AUGUCGCUCUAUUUCAUCGAGGUCGUCAUGGUAAGGCUUAUCCCCAAGGCCGACCGCAAGAAGAUCCACGAGUACCUCUUCCGUGAGGGUGUCCUCGUCGCGAAGAAGGACUUCAACCUCCCCAAGCACGGUGACAUUGACACCAAGAACCUCUACGUCGUCAAGGCUUGCCAGUCCCUCACCUCCCGCGGCUACCUCAAGACCCAGUUCUCGUGGCAGUACUACUACUACACGCUGACCCCCGAGGGUCUCGACUACCUGCGCGAGUGGCUGCACCUGCCCGCUGAGAUUGUGCCCCAGACGCACAUCAAGCAGCAGCGCUCGCACGCUCCCCCCCGCGGCAUGCUCGACGGCGAGCGCCGUGGCGGUGGCCGUGGUGGCCCCCGCGGCGACCGCGACUCCUACCGCCGCCGCGAUGCCGGCGAGAAGGAGGGCGGCGCCCCCGGCGAGUUCCAGCCCCAGUUCCGCGGCGGCUUCGGCCGUGGCCGCGCCCCCGUUGCCGGCAACGCCCCCCAGUAAAUGCGUCGCUAGCUGCCGGGCUGCUGGCUUGAGAGGGCUGGUUUGUUGGUUGCAGCGUCGUUUCCGUCGUGGGCGUCUCGGGUCGGAUCUUCAAGGCUUGGGAUGUAUUUCGAAGACAAUUCUUCUUGCAUGAUAAACACAAAAUGGAUGGGUUGGGUCGGACGGUAGCGUGUCUCGAUCGAGUGACAGAAAUUGCCGGGGUCGCAUAGGUCGAAGGGGGCAGAUGACACUGCAAACUAAGUCACAUCUGUGAAAUAGCGAAUACAGAUGUCUGGCAUCUCCUGAGUACUUUGGGCUUGCGGGCUGUGUGAAGAUGCCUCCCUCGCCAUGCGUCACAUGCUCGCUUUCAUGCUAAUAGGAGCAGCAAUACCCACUUAUUGAUCAUUCUCC